AUGGUGGGCAAUAACUCAGCUCUAGCUCUGCCCACUCCGGCCAGGCUGUGGAGCAAGGGUAAUGGCCGCAUCAUUGGAGGAUCCUCUGCCAACAUAGCCAACUACCCGUGGCAACUGUCUUUCCAGUACGGCGGUUCGCACAUCUGUGGAGCAUCCAUCAUCAGUUCCAACUGGGCGCUGACGGCUGCUCACUGUGUGGACGGCAUGAGCCUCUCUGAUCAGUUUCCGGGCCGGCACCUCAACGCGUGGAAGCGGCGGUUUCGUCAGAAGCGCCAGCUCUGGCUACAUGCACGCAUCAUGUCCGGAUCUCUGCUGGGUUCGAGCGCACAGGCAGUGGGCCUCGCCAGUGACAACUACGACCCACCAGGUGGACUCGGCGUGACGGUGACUGGCUGGGGAGCCACGUACACCGACGGACCGUCCGCCAACAGUCUGCUCAAGGUGGACAUUAGCAUCUUGGACCGCAACACGUGCAAGAACACCUUCGCCAACAUCAACACUGUGACCGACCGCAUGGUGUGCGCCGGCCAGGCCGACAGGAGCGUCUGCAGCGGUGACUCUGGUGGUCCCCUGGUCAGCGGAAGCACCCAGGUGGGCAUCGUCUCCUGGGGCAGUUCCAGCUGCGAGGCCACCCCCGGUGUCUUCUCCAACGUCGGUGCCAUUCUUGGCUGGUACAACUGUAUAUAUAGACUGGCGACUCAUCACAUUACAGUCGCCUUUCCCACAAUGCUGCGCCUCGUCCUGUGGUUUACGUACAUGCUGGGCUCUGCUGUAGCCUUGCCAGCACCCGCCAGACUCUGGAGCAGGGGAAGUAGCAGGGUCAUUGGGGGAUCCGACGCCGACAUAGCUAACUACCCCUGGCAACUGGCGUUCGAGUUUAGCGGUUCGCUCCACUGCGGAGCGUCCAUCAUCAGUUCCAACUGGGUGCUGACGGCCGCUCACUGUGUGGAGGCCUAUAGUCUCCCUCUCAUGAGUUUCCGAGCUGGCUCGUCAACUCGAGAAAGUGGUGGCACCGUCCUUCAAGCCUCAUCUGGCUACAUGCACGGAUCUUUCAAUGCCAGAACACUGGAUUACGAUAUUGCUGUUGUACAGGUGUCUGGGUCUCUACUUGGCGACAAUACACAGGCGGUGGAGCUCGCAUCAGACGGAUAUGACCCCCCGGCUGGUCUGGCAGUGACGGUGACCGGCUGGGGACUCACUGUCACUGGUGGGCAGGCUCCCAGCAAUCUCCAGAAAGUGGACAUCAGCAUCUUGGACCGUUCCACUUGCCGGGACCUCUUUGCGAGUAUGAACACUGUGACCGAGCGGAUGGUGUGUGCUGGUGAGGCGGGCCACACUGUCUGCAGCGGCGACUCUGGUGGUCCUCUUGUCAGCGGUAGCACCCAGGUGGGCGUCGUCUCCUGGGGAUACCCGGACGAAUGUGAAGCGACUCCCGGCGUCUACACCAGUGUUGGGAACUUACGUUCCUGGGUUAGAGCUCUAACUGGUGUAUAACACCCUAUGUGCCUCUGCUGGUCUGUGGUUUCUUCCAUGAUGUAAACUGUCCUUAACUAUUAGUUCUUCUGGGCUGUACCAUUUUUUAAAAUUAAAUAUGUUGUUACGAA